CGGCGUCCCAAAACACGCGUCUCUCCGAGUCCCAAGCCAUUUAUCCCCUCUCGCGUUCCUCAACUGUCGACUUGGCCGGAAUUGCUUCUUCCAGCCAAGCACUCUGAAGCAGUCGCACCUCUGAGAUUGGGGGGAGAUAGUCGAGUGAGCUCCUUUGACCCUCGUCCUCAAGGGAAAUCCAGAAUUCAAUAUGAGUCAAAUUGACAAACUCUUGAUACGGGGUAUUCGCUCUUUCGACCCCAAUGUACAGAACGUCAUCGAGUUCUAUACCCCUUUGACGAUUAUUCUCGGUCACAAUGGAGCGGGGAAAACCACCGUUAUAGAAUGCCUGAAAUAUGCAACCACUGGAGAUCUGCCGCCUAACAGUCGAAAUGGAGCCUUCAUCCAUGACCCAAAGCUUGCACAUGAAACCGAAGUCAAGGCGCAGAUCAAAUUGAGAUUCAAAAAUGUCAAUCAGCGAGAGAUGGUGUGCACUCGGUCGAUGUCUUUGGUGCAAAAGAAGACCGGUGUGACGCAGAAGACGUUGGAAAGUCUUCUGUUGACGAAGGAUCCGGAGACGGGAGAAUCGCAUAGUCUGAGCACCAAAUGUGCCGAGCUCGAUACCGAAGUGCCUCUCCAACUUGGGGUGUCCAAAGCUAUUCUGGAGAGUGUCAUCUUUUGUCAUCAGGAAGACACCUUCUGGCCGCUCGCUGAACCAUCCAUUCUGAAGAAGAAGUUUGACGAUAUCUUUGCGUCCACAAGAUAUACGAAGGCUCUUGCGAACAUUAAGGAGCUCCGGAAGGAGCAGUUAGCGAAGCUGAAACUGGCAGAGAAUAAUGUCGUCCACCUGAAAACCGACAAAGGACGCGCAGAACGGGUCCGAGAAGCAUUUGCGAUGGUUCAAGAAAAGUUUGCCAAAGCUCAACAACGAAUCGAAUCUCUCGAUGGCGGCGAGAUAGCGCAUGCUGUAGAGCAAAUGCAGUCGCUGUCAAAGGAGAUCAACAAAGCCGCGGAGCUCAGUUUGGCAAUAAGGCAGGCUACCUCUGAGAGGGAAAUGAGGCAAAAGCGCAUGGAGGAGAUGGAGGAAAAUCUACAGCAAUUCGAAGAGUCCGAUGACGAACUGAGACAACUGUUAUCCGAAUAUGAAAAAUCAUUGCACACGCAGCAAACAGAGAUGGAAGCCAUAGAGCGGGACAUAUCGGAUCGCAAAAGACGAUUGAGCGAGUUGCAGAGAGAGCAAAACCAAGAGCUCACUGACCGCGGUCGCUUUGAGGCCGCGCAAAUCGCUUAUGAAGGAAAGCUCCGCGAACUCGAUGCAGAGAUCAUACGAUUGAGUAAUCAACUUUCAUACCAUGGGUUCGAAAGCGGACCCUUCUCCGCCAGCGACACACAGAAGUUCACUCGGGACCUGCAACAGGACCUGGAGGCGAUGAAGUCCCAGUAUGAUAGUGUCAAGCGUGACCAUAGGGAAAAGGAAAGUGCACUGAGGCGUGUAGUCCAGAAUGAUCAGACACAGUUGGCGUCCAUUGAGAAAUCCAAAGAGUUGACGCGGAGGGAAAGGGAUGCUCGAAGAUCGAAAAUCAAUGAGUUGAUGCAAAAGAUCAACUCGAUGGAUACGUCGGAAGCUCAGAUUGCGGCCCUAGAGAGCAAACUGGAAGAGGAGGAAGCAAUCUACAAACUGACGCAACAAAAGCACGAAACUAACGAUAUCGAGGCGAAAUUACAACAGCUGACGCAGGAACUCCGAGAGCGCGAAUUCGCUUUACAAAGGGCCCAAGAGGAAAUGGCCGCGUUGAACAUGCAAGCUGACAUUCGCGUACGCCUGGCGUUGAAGAAACGGGAAAAGGAGAGGAAGGAAGAUGCUUAUAACAGGAUGUUAGUGAGCAGCAACCGCUAUAUGUACGCGGCCUGGUGUCUAAGAAUCCCCUUACAGUUUGACGGCAGCAAAACCUGAGCUCGUGGAAGCGUUGGGCCGUGAGCCACCCAUUCGAACCAUGGAACUGGAUGUCAUGCGUCUACUACAAACGAAGCAAACAACAGAAAGACAGCUCCAGGAUAAGCUUGACAAGAAAAGCCGGGAUCUUGCUUCUCUGGACACGCAGAUUGCGACAUUCAGGAGCAAUCUGCAGAAGAAAACCUCCGAUUUAGAAGGUGAGCUUAUGGCCGACUCCCACGUUCCAUGAGCAGUUACUCACAGUUACAUUGAUAGAUGGAUUGAGGCGCGUCAAGGCUGAGACGGGAGAAAUUGACUUUCCCACUGCUCUGGCACGCAUAGAAGAAGCUGUCGUCGACAAGCGAGAGUAAGCUAU